AUGUUGAUGAAGACAAAAGAUGAGCAAAGAAUAUUCACCAAUACAUCAUCCCAUCAAUUAACGUUCGUGGAUCAACUGGCUGCCGAAUGCAUACGUUGUGAAAAAGGCGAAGACAGAAAGAAAUGCUACAAAAUUGCCGAAGAAAUCAAAAAAAAAGCGGACAAAGAGCCUCGUCAUGUGCAAAAUGGCUUAUCCAAAAAUCAAGAAAAAGGAAUGCUUCGGGAUGAGGACGAUGCUUGCUCGACUGCUGCUACUGCUGUUCACCACUCUUUAGUCAGAUACAUUUGGGCAGUUUUGGUCAAGAGCAAGUCUGUGGCAGAAUGA